ACAAAGAUGCAUAAAUUUGUAACCUUCUCUUUGCUCAACUCCAACAAGUCUUUGGACUGCAUCAUGCUAAAGCAAAACAUAUAGUAACUAAAUUCUCAAAAACUUUGGCUUCCUUCCUUAUUCCAAGAUGCCAACCAAAAUGGUGAGUUGCAGCAGAGGUAAGGCAGUGCUAGUAAGGGUAUAUGCUGAGAAGCAUGGGAAGAGGAGAUCAUCAAUUCAACAGCAUCGCCACCACCACCACGUCCAUCAAACAUUUAGACAAGAGGCACAUAGUUCUGCAAGUAAGGGAUAUGAUAGAAGAGCAGGGUUGCUUAACUACUCGCAUCAAUUACGCGCGUCCGCAAAAGGAACAUCUGCAUCUUCCACACCCUUACUCUCCAUGUCUACUAACAUCCAUGUUCACACAGCUCCAACCAAGAUGACCUCUCCCAAGAAAAAGCCCAAUUAUACUGGAACACCAACUUGCUUUGGCAAUUGGAAACUAUUGAUUCCAAGCUUCUUAAGAUCAUGGUGCAAUGCCCCAAAAAAGAAGAAAAAGGUGCAUAGCAGAUUUUUAGGAAACCGCAUGAAAAUUUUCCAGAAAAGGAGAGGAAGGAAUUUCUUUUCCAAUGUGUACUCAAUCAGACGGACGCGUGCUUGUGUUUAGGAUCAAUUUUGUUGUGGCUUUUCACUUUUCUCAAUGGUGCAAUAUCUCGAUACAGCUAAGUUUUUGUCUUACCUAACUGCCAAUUAUUGAUAAGCACAUUCAAACUGCUUGAAUUGCCUCUACAUUGUCAUUUAUAGGUGUG